GUCGUGCCUUCCACAUCUCAACAUAAAAGAACCGGCUCAGCCUUCUUCCUUCUACCUUUCCGUUUGCACCUACGGUCCUCUUCUGCCGUCAUGGAGCCUCUUGACUUGGAAUCGCUCAAUCCCAGCGUCGUGCCUGACCCCCACGAUCCUGCGCAAAGGGUUUAUGCUCGUGAGAUGGGCUAUCCCAAGACGGCCGCUCAGGUCGUUGUCAACCACGUCUCCGCCAUGGCGAAGCAAGAGUACGAUGCAAAACGCAACUGCGUCAUUCUUGAACCCGGGUCCUCGCUCCUAAGCGUCCUCCGAGCCUUGCUCCGGCGAAAUGACCAAGUGAUCCUCACCGACCCGACGUCGCAAACCCUGACAGCUUCGGUCAAAGCCGCGAAUGCAAGACCAGUUCUGGUUCCUCUGAUAUUCCGUCCUGGGCAGACAUGGGCAGUAGACUGCCAGGGGUUCAAAGAUUCCAUCACAGAGAAUACCAAGGCUAUGCUUCUCCAGUCCCCUUGCACGCCGUCCGGUGCCGUUUUCUCCGAGAAGGAUUGGGAAUAUAUUGCGGAGCAGUGUGUCGAGUCUAACCUCCUGCUAAUCUUUGAGACCUCGUUUGAUACCGUCAUCUACAACUUCUCUCGUUCCAUGUGGACCCAUCCGGCAUCAUUCAAAGGAAUGGCAGACAGGACCCUGAUUAUUGGUACCGGCUCGGGGUUUUUGGAUAAUCGGCUACAAAAGUUUGAAUACGUCGUCGGUUCUCAGGUAUUUAUUUCAAAAAUACGAUCCGUGGUCUGGAGCAAGCCCGAUCGCUACACUUACUGCGAAGUGGCGUCCUUUCGCCUGUCCAGAGGUGACUUGAUAGCAACAGCUCGCCAGCGCCGGAAUAUGAUUCUCUACGCGCUCCGUGGGCUUCCAAUUGGUAUCCCAGCCGGAGGAUGGAGUUUGCUUCUCCGAGUCAGCGAGUUCGGUCUAACUGCAAAGGAGGCUGCAUGGCGACUUGCGGAGCAGGGCGUCACCGUGACACCUAUGGAUGACUGGGGGAAUCUACAGGGAAAGUACUUUGUGCGACUCGUGUUUGCCCAUCAACCGGUAGAAAAGUUGGCUUUAUUGAGACCCAGGGUCAUCAAUGCUUCAAGAUUGUAAGGAG